AAUAAAUAAUAAUGAUUUUGAUAGGAAGUUAAAGAAAACAAAAAUAAAAAAGAAAGUAUGUGAAAAGAGUGGGAGAAAAGAAAAACAAGAAGAUAAAAAGGCCGGCAAAAAAGAUGACACUACGAAUAACAUUCGUUCUUAUCUUCUUCACUUGUACUCUCUACUGUCGAGUGUCAUGCCAGGAAAGGCCUAUACUUAUGCCACAAGAAAGCGAGAUUAUUAAGCAUGCUGGGUCUUCUAUAAAUUUUAUAUGCACUGGUUCUAGGAAGAUCUUUUUUUUCUAUCCUACGAACUAUGGGUCAGACGAAGAAACAUCCGAACAGAUCAUAUCUUCGGAAAUACGAGUAAACGAAACCUAUAAAGAUUAUGAGUACAUAUACAAUUUUCGUCGAUCCAAGGCUGUGCCUGGUGACACAGGAUGGUAUGGUUGUUCCUAUCGCAACAUAACAAUCACUCGAAAGGAAUACGAUAAUCCUGAAAUUAGCUGGGCUUAUGUUUAUGUGGAUUCACCUGACAGUUCUUUCGUCGAAAAUGUAGUCAAAACUAUAAAAGGAAUAACUGGUAAUAUGGCUUUAAUACCAUGUCGACCAACUUUGCCAAGUUUGCAAGUUAUUUUGAUCGAUCAGUUCGACGAAGUGGUCGAAAUAAGCGAGAAUAUCUCGUAUGAUCCGAGAUUUGGAUAUACGAUAGAUCAUCUUAGUUUACACGACAACGGCCUUUUUAGAUGCUCCAUUACAAGGAACAAUGAAACAUACGAGGUCAAUUAUCAUUUGGAUGUGUUUUCUAAACAAGACUUGAGUGAACCAAAAAUUAUCAAAGAUACUUUGCGACAUGUGGUCCGAGGCCAAACUCUGCGUGUUAAUUGUACGAUAGACUUGAAAGAGCGUUCCAUUCCAUUUCAAUUUAAUUGGAGAACACCGGUAGAGAGUCAACGAAUAAGCACACAUUUACAUCCCAUAAAAACAAAAUUGAAUUUAAUGCAUGUGACCAGUGAAUUGAUCAUACAAAACGUGACGGAAGAGGAUGAGGGAGAGUAUGAAUGUAUCAUUAUAGUUAAUGGAGGUACUAAUAGUGCGAAGAUGAAUCUAACGAUACAUGAUCCGAACAAAAAGUAUAUCAAUUUAACGUCACAAGAUCCAAAUAGGCGUAAUGUGAGAAAAAAUUACAGUAACGUAAUGUGGGUCGUUUACUAUGAUGCCUAUCCUGAAGCUCACUUAAGAUGGUUUGAUCAUAACGGCCAUGAGAUCAUGGAUGAUUGGUCGAAUCCAGAGAUAACUAAAUACGCUAUCAACAAAACUCCAACGAAAACGAUUUUAAGAAUCAAUCGAUUGGAAAUCGAGGAUACGGGAAUCUAUACGCUUGAGGCUACCAACGAUUACACAAAUAAGUCUCUUAAUUUUACGUUGUCCGUAUUAGCCAAGCCGACGCUACUAUUCAAAGAGAUAGAAUCAUAUUAUUCGCCUGGUCAAAUCGUUGAGAUCCAUUGUUACGUAAUAGCUUUUCCAGAGCCAGAAAUUUCUUGGAGUUUCUUACAAUGUCCGAAUUAUCCGUCCCGAUGGAACUCGAGUCUAAUCGAAUUAACGCAUAUUACGGAGAUACAACAAAAAUUAUUCCUUUCAAAAGCAACAAUGGAAAUCGAAGCGUCCGGUUUCAUUAAUUGUACAGCCUGCAACUCGGAGGGCUGCGAUUCAACGAUCACUAAUAUUAUUGUAUCUGAUGGUAACGGAGGGUUCAGUAUAAUGGAUCCAAAAGAACCAAUUGUCGAAGGUGAUGACAUCGAAAUCAUUUGUGCAGCUUCUAUUUAUAAUUAUACGGAAAACAUUCAAUGGCAGGAUAAUAACGACAAGUCAAUUUUAGAAGAUGAGAGAAUACAAGUCAUUCUUAAAACAACUCCGUUCACUUAUCGUGCGAUAUUGCAAGUAAAAAAAGUAAAUAUGAAUGACGCGAUGAUUUAUAAUUGUAUUGGAGAAACUAAGGAUGGAAAUAAGGAAAAUUUGGAAUAUAAUUUGGUGGUUUACAGGCAGAAAAAGCCGUCGUUUACAAAUGUUAACUUGAAUGAAACUGAUUUGAUCGUUGAUUUCGGUACAGAAAAUCAUAAGCUUAUUAUUUUAAAAUGUUUUGUAGAUGCUAUGCCUAAAGCAAAAGUUACAUGGUAUAAGGAUAACGUAAAAUUAAAAAAUAACGAACAAUACGAAUUAAAGUAUGAUGAUCAAGAACUUCACAUAAAAUACGUAUUUGAGCACGAUAGUGGAAAAUAUUCUUGUAAAGCUGAAAAUCGUUUGGGAAGAGAAGAGGCUUAUCAAAAUAUAACGAUAAAGGGAAAAGAGUUACCUAAGGGAUUGAUAAUCUUGAUCGUCAUUUUGUUCAUCGUAGUUGUGAUCUUGAUAGUUUACUUUACGAUUAAAGUUCGUCGUGAAAAGAUAAUGAGAAAGGAGCUAUUAGAAACUGGUUUAAUGCAUUUCGAAGAAGGUGCUCUGGAAUGUUUAAAUCCUGAGUUGACGGUAGACGAUCAAGCGGAAUUACUUCCUUACGAUAAAAAAUGGGAAUUUCCAAGAGAAAGAUUGAAGCUUGGAAAACAAUUGGGUAGUGGAGCGUUUGGGGUAGUUAUGAAAGCCGAAGCUCAAGGAAUUUACGAAGACGAAGCUAUAACGACAGUUGCUGUAAAAAUGGUACGACGUACAACCGAUCCAACUUACGUUCGAGCACUUGCAAGCGAAUUGAAGAUCAUGGUACAUCUUGGUAAACAUUUGAACGUUGUCAAUCUUUUGGGUGCUUGUACGAAAAAUAUUUCGAAACGCGAAUUAUUGGUCAUCGUUGAGUACUGUCGGUUUGGUAAUUUGCACAAUUAUUUGUUGAGACAUAGAACGGACUUUAUCAAUCAAAUCGAUCCUGCUACUGGUAAAUUUGAUCCUACGAUAGGUAUCGAUCUCCUCACAAGAACGGCCAGUAUAAGCAGCAAUAAUAGGAUAAAAUAUGCGGCAUUAUCCUUUUCUCGCAGUAUCAGUGCGAAUUCCGGCACCGAGAUGGUACAGUAUUAUGCUCAUAAUACCACGGACUCUCAAGGUGUGAGUAUGUCCCCGGAUGGCUGUAUACUUAGCAAUAACUCGUCUCAGCCUGGUUGGCGAUCCAAUUAUCGUGGUGAUUAUAAGGAUCAUAAUCUGAAACCGAUUUGUACUCAAGAUCUUUUGUCCUGGGCAUUUCAAGUGGCUCGUGGUAUGGAGUAUCUUAGUCAGAGAAGAGUUCUGCACGGUGAUUUGGCAGCAAGAAACAUUUUACUUGCUGAGAAUAACGUAGUAAAGAUCUGUGAUUUUGGAUUGGCGAAGACUAUGUACAAAGACGGUAAUUAUAAAAAGAAAGGUGAUGGACCAUUGCCCAUAAAAUGGAUGGCCAUCGAAUCGAUAAGAGAUCGAGUGUUUUCAACGCAAUCGGAUAUAUGGUCCUUCGGAAUAGUUCUAUGGGAAUUCUUCACCUUGGCUGAGACUCCGUAUCCCGGUAUGGAAGCUGAGAAACAGUAUCAAAAACUUAUAGAAGGUUACAGAAUGGAACAGCCAGCAUAUGCCACUCCAGAAGUAUACAAUAUAAUGUUGCAAUGCUGGAAAGCCAAGCCAACUUUGCGUCCAAGUUUCACAGAAUUGGUGGACAGCAUAGGUGAUUUAUUAGAGGAAAGUGUAAGAACGCACUACAUAAGUCUGAAUACACCGUAUAUGGAUAUGAACACGAUGAUUUUGGAUGGCAAGAACGAUUAUCUCACAAUGAUGUCAGCACCUGAUCAUGCAGCUCUAUCAUUGCCUAUGGGUGAUUAUGUGAAUACUUCUAUCUUGGAAAAUGCAACCGAGUCAGCAUAUUUGUGUAUGAGUCCAACGAAUCACGGAGACGAGUCGGGUAUCUUUAGUCCCAGGCCGAAUUCAGAAAAAUCUCGUUUCGAAUUUCCUUUGGUGACGUCUGAUUCCGAGGAUGCAGUUGAAUUAUCACCGAUGUUGAAAAACGUAGAGGAUCCUUAUUUGAAACCGAUAAAUGUGCAUGAACGCAGAGCAGAAUUUUCUCGGCAACGGCAAGUCGCGAGUGCUCAAUCGAUCGAUCGAAUCAACGAAAGAGAUUCUGGUUAUUGUAACACUCCACGAAAUCUUCAUUUAAUAGAUCUGAAUGAGAAAUCAAGGGAAAAGGAUCAAGAAGAGGAGGAAGAAGAACAGGAUGAAGAUCGGACGGACUCCAUUCUGAAAAAAAAAGAAUACACUCCGUCCAUCAUAAGAACCCAAGACAAUUAUGUGAACAUGCCUAAACAGAAGAAUGAUUUAAAAAGGGAUAUGCCUGAUGGCUUUAGUAAUCCCAGCUACGUCAUGAUGGGGAAUGAACUCAAUCAGUCGAUAGCGUGAAUUAGAAUUGAUCUCGUUGUUGGAAGAUUUAUUAAAGUGAACAAUUGACAGUGAAAGUUUGAUUAGUUCAAGGACAACCGAGGCAUGUUAAUUUUAUUAGAAAGUCGAUUACGAGAAUGCAAAUUUAUGUUGCAUCAUACCAUCGUGUUGUUACUUAUAUUUUUUUUUAUACACUUUCCAUGAACAUUUCUAUUGAAUUAUGCGUUUCAAGAAAUUCUAAGAAACGUUUUUAAUAUAGGAUAGGAAUUAGAUUUUAAUGAUCAUUUCAUCGUACGUGUCAUUGUCAUUAAAGUUUUAUCGUGCCCGCGUUUAAGUACAAAAAUUCAAUGUUCCUAAG